AUGUCUGCCAGUUAUUGGACCUCCACUCAAAGGCAUAAAUGGACAUUUACCAAACAACAAUUAGCAAGAGAGAGAAGUAGGUUAUGGGCAUUAGAAAGUCAACUAUUUCCACAAGGUUUAACAAUAACCAUGGUCAACAACAGUAGUAAUAGUACUGCUAAUGAUGCCAAUAAAGGCCUAAAUAAUAAUACAAAUAGUGAUUCUACCUCUAUCACCAAUAAUAGUAACAAUAAUAAUAAUAAUAAUAAUAAUAAUAAUAAUAAUAAUAAUAAUAAUAAUAAUAAUAAUAGCACUAGCACUAGUACUAACAACACAACCCCAAAAAUAAUCACCAAAAAUAUUUCCAUAUUAAGUAAAGAUUUGCAUUAUGAUAGAGAUUAUAAUUUAAGAAUAUAUUCCUAUUUUUUGUUGAUGAAAUUAGGCAGAAGAUUAAAUAUAAGGCAAUAUGCCAUUUCGACAGCAAAUAUAUAUUUAUCACGUUUUUUGUUAAAAGUAUCGGUCAGAGAAGUAAACAUAUACUUACUAGUUACCACCUGUAUAUAUUUAAGCUGCAAAGUAGAAGAAUGCCCUUUACAUAUUAGAACAUUAGUUAAUGAAGCUAGAUCACAUUGGCCUGAAUUUGUGCCAUCUGAUCCCACAAAAGUUACUGAAUUUGAAUUUUACUUGAUUGAGGAAUUGCAGAGCUAUUUAAUAGUGCAUCAUCCGUAUAAUUCCUUGGAACAAGUGACAAAGGUGUUUAACGCUGGAGAUGAUGAAGUUUGCAAUAGGUUAAGUACUGAUGAUUAUCAAAAUGCCUGGUCUUUAAUUAAUGAUAGUUAUAUAACGGAUGUUCAUCUAUUAUAUCCACCACAUAUUAUUGCAAUUGCAUGUCUAUAUAUCUCUAUAACCGCCAAGAAUAACACAGUUUCCAACACACCACUAGUGAGUAAGUUUGAACUUUUUUUAAGUGAGAGUAUGAUUGAUUUAGAUGAAUUAAAGGAAUGCAUUGAGGAAAUGUUACGAUUAUAUGACCAUUGGGAGAAAUACAACGAACAUUGGAUUAGGUAUUUGUUAUAUCAUGUGUAUUUGGUUAAAAGAUAG